UCUACAGGCGAAGUUUUUUCUUUGAAAGAAAAAUUAAACUGCUCCGAUUCCUUUGUUAUUUAUCUCCUUACAUGUGAGUGUGGGCUUCAGUAUGUGGGCCGCACCGUACAAACUGUACGUGCCCGCAUAAAUAAACAUAGAUAUAAUAUCAAAAACAAUGUUAUACUACAUAGUGUAUCAAGACACACCACAGCUUUACACAACAGUAACCACAAUUGUUUGAAACUAACUCUCUUGGAAAGUAUCCCUUUAGAAUAUGAUGACCGCUUUCAAAAAUUAGUGAAUAGGGAAUCCUUUUGGAUUUAUUCCCUUAACUCCUUGUGGCCAAGGGGAUUAAAUGAGGCAAUAGAUAAAACAUUUCAAUGAUAGGUUCGGAGUCUUAUUUAUUUAUUUAUCCAUGUAUAUAAAGAAUUUUUAAAGAAAAGUUUUUUUUUUAUAUUAUCUUGGAUCACAUGGAAAAACAUCAUUUUAUGCUAAUUAAUUUGUGAUGUCAUUUCCGGUUCCUAUAACCAAAUGAGUAUAUAUGUGUUGUUUUUAUGUAUAUUUAGCAUGUCUGAGGAAAAGGACGGAGCGUCCUUGAAACGUGUUACAUGUGAAUAAAAGUUACCCAUACUUAGCUUGUGGAUAGCGCUAUCAUCUAUCCCUCAUCCCCUCACACCUGGCUGGUGUGAAAACUCUGCCGUUCUUAUUCCCACGCUGUUGCCUGGGCGGGAUAUAGCUGCAGUCCACAUCGGAUUGUUGUGCCUCUGUCCUAGCACAACCAUAUCUGGCAACAAAGAAGACAAGACAUUUCAAGGAUCAGAGGGAGGAUGGCCAGGAGCAGCCGAAUACAACCAACAAACCAAGAAGAUUGGUUCCUAGCAUGCCUUCAAAAUGCCUAGGACAGGAUAAAGAAAACAUUCAGCAAAGAGAAGUUGAAAGGGGUAAUCCAGGAUGAGAAAAUCAGAGCUGAUUUCUUCUGAAAACUGCACCACCUCUGUCCUAAUGUUGUGUGUGAUAUCGCUGCUCAAUUCUUCAAAAGUGAAUGGAGAAAAGUUGUAAUAUUACAUACAACAUGAGGACAGGUAUGGUGCUGUUUUUGGAAACAAAUAGUUCUGUUUUCUAUUCCCUUUUAACAAACUCCUAGGAUGCAGCAACAUUCAUCUGAUGGACGGCACAGGACUGACCAAGAAGCGGUACGCACUUUGAUUGAACUCAUGGAUGAACAAGAACCACAACCUACAGAGACCCUGCCAUCUUUUUUAAAAGACACCAAUGAUGUACUAAGAAAAUUAGACAACUUGCAACUCGAAUCCGAUAUGGUUAUAGCUACCUGUGAUGUGGAGGCACUUUAUACUUCUAUCCGACAUAGUGACGGAAUACGAGCGAAAAAGUACUUCUGCCAACACUAUACUUCAUGCAAAAUCCGGACACCCACGACACCUAGUGAAUAACAUCCCAACUGGACAAUAUCUUCGGGCACGACGUAUCUGUUCCAAUACCUUGGACUUCGAGAAACAAGCUGAAGAUCUUCAGGUUAAAAGACGUACCAUCAAACAGGAUUCCGAUACCGUUAGAUUCAUCACAACAUACCACUCACGGACCCAAGAUAUGAACACAGCAAUUGCAAAAUACUGGCCCUUACUUACGACAGACCAGGUUCGGGGCAUUGAUCGGGUCUAUGCUGGCCCUCGUGGCGGCAAUUGGAAAACUCUUCUCGCUCAAAAAGAAUGUAAAUGGAUUGAAAUUUUGGGAACAAAAACUCCGGCUGGAUUGAACGAGAUCAACAGUUUUGCCUCCUAUUUGGUCUACAAUACAUCUUGCUCAUCAUUCUAUCAAUAUGGCGGGAGACUCCCCUUUUCCUUCCUUUUCUCUCCUCCUUUCCCAUGUUCCCCAUCCUUAUGUACUAUUCGAUAUAUCUUUAAUGUAUUUAUUAUUGUUGCUAUUACUAGUAGUGCUGUCCAAUUAACUAUCUGUGUAUGGUUCAUGUAUGUAUAUUCAUACAAUAUUGAUUUGUCUUUCUUAAAUUAUGUUUAAAGCUAUAUGGGGGGCCCCCCACCUUAUCAUGUAUGUUUAUUCAUGUGUUUUUUAUAGUUAUUAUUUUUUGGCUAUUAUAUUACCAUCCUCUUUUAUUGAUGUACAAUUCAUAUAUUACAUACAUUUCAUUUAUCAUGCCCUCCUCUAUUUGUCCCUAUAUCUUAUCACUUGGCAAUACUAAUGCAUUUAUUAUUUUCCAUACUUAUCACAAUUAUUCAUUUAUUUCAUCACUUCCAUUCAUUCACCUUCCCAGCAUUAAAUCCCAUGGCAUAUUUGUACACUCAGGUCUAUUUCAUCACAUUA